AGUAGUUACAUUGUAACCCUUUUAAACGCUUAAAGCCUUAAACGCGAUUAAAUUAAAUAAAAACACCUUUCCAGAUCCAAUCCAAUAUCGCUGCCAACAAAGCUUCAUAGCUCACGGUCUCAACCCCCCUCUACUUACUUUUUCUCCUAUGAAUAUACAAUUCUCGCUUUUAUAGUGCUCACCAUAUAACCCAAACACUUAGCGACGAAUUCAAAAAAGAACCUCACCAAAACUAUAACACAAAAAAUGCAGCAAGUCCCGAACUACGGCCACUCCCCGCCGCUUCAUCACCCCGUACCUCAACAUGUCUCUACCGUCCCACAACUACGAUCCCCUCCACCGCUUACCUCGUCCCAACCUCAACAACAAGGCGCGUAUGGAAAUCCAUACCAGCAAGGGACGCCCGCGGGUGGUUCCAACGUUUUCGGCGCUUAUGGGAACUUCAUGAAUGAUCCUAUGGCUGCCCAGUUCGUAGGACAAGUUGGUCAGAAUGCUUUUAAACAUGUUGAACAGAACAUGAACCGAUGGGUUAACUUCUCGGCACUCAAACACUACUUCAACGUUUCCAACAAAUACGUCAUCAACAAGCUCUUCUUAGUUCUCUUCCCUUGGCGACACAAGCCUUGGUCGCGAAGGCAGAGUGUGGGCCCUAACGGACAGGAGGGAUGGUACUUGCCGCCCCGCGAUGAUAUUAACAGCCCCGACAUGUAUAUUCCAGUCAUGGCCCUCGUUACGUAUAUUCUCCUAUCGACGCUCUUGGCAGGUUUGCGGGGACAGUUCCAGCCGGAGCUGCUAGGAUACACAGCUUCCACUGCUGGUGUCGUCGUCAUACUCGAAAUAUUGCUCUUGAAAUUAGGUUGCUAUUUCUUGAGCAUAUCAAACGAGUCACAACUUCUCGAUCUAGUAGCCUACUCGGGAUAUAAAUUUGUUGGUAUCAUUGUUACAGUGGCCAUCGCCGAGCUCAUGAAUGGUGGAAAGGGGACUGGCGGUUGGAUUGGAUGGACUGUCUUCUUAUAUACCUUCCUGGCCAACUCCCUAUUUUUGAUGCGAUCAUUAAGAUAUGUCCUGCUACCGGAAAGUUCCGGAGCAGAUGCACGGGGCCCGAUGCAGACAGAUACGAGGACGAAACGGAAUCAGCGAACGCAAUUCUUAUUCACUUACUCGUACCUCAUACAGCUUCUGUUCAUGUGGAUUCUGAGUAGAGGCUAGGUGAACUCCACGAACUCUUACAACUUCUAGGGUUUAAAUGUACGAGAGCCAUAUUCCUUCCAAGGAAGAUAUUUUCAAAUAAAAAAAAAGAAAAGAGUAAGAAGAAAAAAGAAAAAGGGACGGAGGCAAUUAUAGCUUUUGAUUUGGCCAACCUCUGGGUUGAAGCUUCUUACUUAGCUAUGAUUG